AUGAGCAAUUUCGAUAGUCCCUCAAUGAAUUCUAAGUAUAGCAGACACAAAGGUUAUUUAAAAUGGGAGCUUGCUAAUAAAGACGUUAAAGGAGCUUUUGAUGCUCAAGAGCUAUAAGUUGAAAAAGGAGUCAUAUCAAGAGAUCGACAAGCUAAUUCAGUUAUGGUACCUUCAAAAAAUUCUGCUUAAGCAUCAUAACUUAGUCCAGAACCAUCCGUAACAAAGGAACAUGUCUGUUGUGAUAAAUUAGAUGAAUUAAGCUAGUAAUAUUAACUAAUCAUUAAUGAGCAAAUGAAUAAAUUAACCGAAUUAAAUUUGCUCAUACAGCAACAUUCUAAAUUAUUAAUUGAUUCUUACAAUUAAGGAUUAGAGGAUGCUAAAGCACAAUAAUAAAAAGAAUCUCAAAUUCUGGAUAAUAACCGAUUGUUGAGAGAAAGGGAUAGAUAGAUUCAAGAAUGGGAAGAAAAAUUUAAUAAGGAGAAAAAAUUUGGAGACGAAAAAGAGGAAGAGAUAAGUGAGCUUGAAAAAUAACUGAAAGCAUUGACAACAUAAGUUUAGGUAACAACAAGCUCUGCAGAUUUAGAAAAUGAGAAAAAUCAAUGGAAAAAUAAAUUUAUAACAUUAAAUAAACAGUUCAAUGAAACAGAAUAAUAGGUAGUUGUGCUUGAAAAUGAGAUUGAUAUGUUAAAAUAAUAACAGAAAAAAACAUCAGUUAGGACUACGACAAGAAGAAAAACAGUUACAAAGGAUGCACCACAACCAUGAUAAUUUUAUAUCACCCUAUUAUUUCAAAAUAUUUAAUUCCAACAGAAA